AUGGCGCCGUCGCCUUACGAGCUCUCUCUCCUCCUCAACCCCCUCGUCCCGGACUCGUUAACACACAACACUAGGACUCUCUCCAACAUCCGCUCCAUCUCAGGCCUAUUUCUCGGCAUCGCCGCGGGGAUCCUCGGGCUCGAAUCGCUGUGGGGAUUCGGAUUCUACCUGCUGUCGAACAUGCUGAUUUCCGCGCUAUUCUACUUCCUCUUGGCGGGUGCGAAGCCGCAGAAAUACUUUGCCGGCGCGGCCGGGACGAGGGGACUGAACGACAAACAGCCCGGGCGGAACCCAGGAUCUGGCGCGUGGAGGGAGCUCUGGUUCGGCGGAGGUUUGUUCACGGAGGCGCUGAGUGGGUUUGUGCUGGGAUGGGCUGGAGUGGGAGGUGUGAUUCGAUGA